GUGGAAGCCGCCGUAGUCAGGCUUGGAUCCAAACUGGUAAAUGACGAAGGGCUUCUUCCAGAACCCAGGUGGAAGGGUUGUCCGGUAGAUAAUCAACAGAAUGGGAGUGAAUGACUUGUGGCAAAUUUUGGAGCCUGUUAAGCAACACAUCAACUUGCAGAGUCUUAGUGGGAAAACCAUUGCAGUUGAUUUGAGUCUCUGGGUGUGUGAGGCCCAGUCRGUCAAAAAAAUGAUUGGAACCGUCAUGAAGCCACACCUCAGGAACUUAUUUUUUCGUAUCUCAUAUUUAACACAAAUGGAUGUAAAACUGGUGUUUGUUAUGGAAGGGGAACCACCAAAGCUGAAAGCUGACGUCAUGAAUAAGAGGAAUCAGAUUCGGUAUGGACCUUCUGGAAAAGCGUGGUCUCAGAAAACAGGGAGAUCACAUUUUAAGUCAGUCUUAAGAGAGUGCCUAGAUAUGCUAGAAUGUCUAGGAGUCCCCUGGGUUCAGGCUGCUGGAGAAGCAGAAGCCAUGUGUGCUCACCUCAAUGCCAGUGGCCAGGUAGAUGGCUGCCUUACCAACGAUGGUGAUGCUUUCCUCUAUGGAGCCCAGACUGUCUACAGGAAUUUCACUAUAAGUACAAAGGAUCCUCACAUUGACUGUUAYACAAUGUCAUCUAUCAAGAGUAAACUAGGUUUGGACAGAGAUGCUCUGGUUGGACUAGCAAUACUUCUUGGUUGUGACUAUCUUCCAAAGGGAGUCCCUGGAGUUGGAAAAGAGCAAGCGUUGAAACUCAUACAGAUUUUGAAAGGUCAAAGUUUGCUUGAGAGAUUUAAUCAGUGGAAUGAAAAAUCAUGUUAUUCUGCUGUGCAACCACUAGUAGCUAAAAAACUGGCUCACUGCUCUGUGUGCUGCCAUCCAGGCUCACCUAAGGAUCAUGAACGUAAUGGAUGCAAAUUAUGUAAAAGUGAUAGAUACUGUGAACCGCAUGACUAUGAAUACUCCUGUCCUUGUGAAUGGCACCAGACAGAACAUGAUAGACAACUAAAUGGAGUAGAGAACAAUAUUAAGAGGAAAGCUUGCAGUUGUGAGGGAUUCCCAUUUCAUGAGGUUAUUCAAGAAUUCCUUGUGAAUAAAGAUAAAUUGAUGGAGGUAAUCAGGUACCAAAGACCUGAUUUAUUAUUGUUCCAGAGAUUUACCCUUGAAAAAAUGGAAUGGCCCAAUCCCUAUGCAUGUGAGAAAUUGUUGGUACUUUUGACCCGCUAUGACAUGAAAGAAAGAAAACUUGGUAGAAGGAACUCUAAACAAUUACAGCCAAUACGAAUUGUUAAACCUCGAAUCAGAAAUGGAGUUCAUUGUUUUCAAGUAGAAUGGGAAAAGCCUGAACAUUAUGCUUUAGAAGAACAACAACAUGGAGAAUUGCUUCUACUUACAAUCGAAGAAGAAUCAUUGUUUACAGCAGCCUAUCCUGAGAUUGUAGCUGACUACCAAAAACAAAAAUUAGAAAUUAAAGGGAAGAAACCGAAAAAAAAUAUGAAAAUUAAACCUAAAGGAAACAGUUCACCAGAAUCAGAUGAUGUAAUGAGUUUUCAGUCAUUUAAGACUUUAAACCCCACAUGUGAAAUCUUUCUUAAGCAGAAUGCCAAGUUAAAUUUGGAAAUUUCUCCUGAUCCUCCAUUACCACAGAAAUCUAUUUCUGCCUUAUCCAAUGGCUUGCUUUUACCUGAAAAUGCUCCUUAUUUGAGUACACAACAGCAAAUGUCUUCUUCAAGACCUUUGACUAUACAGGAUAUUAAAGAUGUCAGUAAGUCUCUAAUUUCAGAAUCUAAUCAGCCCAAUACGUCAUCCUAUAAUAUAUCUGCAAUUACUGACCUACACUUGAGUACCAUUGACUGGGAAGAUACUUCUUUUAGUAAUUCUUCAGCUAUUCAAAUAAACCCUCUCUCUCAUGUUUUACAACAAUCAGAACUUGAAUCAGACCWAUCAGCCAUCCCUAAAGACUUUGGAAAUAUCCCAGAACAGUUGUCAUAUGAAUCAGAAUGGUGUACCAGAAACAUCAAUAAAGUGUUGCAUGGGAAUCUUCAAAAGAUUAGUCCUGAAGAGCAUCUACUUUCUGGCAUUAGUGAUUUACAUCUUCAGGAUUUGCCUUUAAAGAAACGAAUACAAAUAAAAUCAUCAUAUCCUCAGGAUAAUAUACAACCAGAUAUUCAUCUGAAAACUGUGUCCCUAACAAGGGACAAAGAAUCUUGUAUUGAUAACAGUAGUUCUGAUUGUCUGUUGCAUCUUUCAAAAGAUCUUCCAGAAAUUCAUUUGCAAAAUGAAUCUAGAAAGUCUCAUUUCCUAAAAGGAGAUCAGCUACAUCAAGAAAACUAUAAAGUUAGUACUUCCAUACCUUAUCCUGUCAAUAAUCCAGUAGUAAAGACCUCUGAUAUUAGAAUUGGACCACUACAUCCUGCUUUAGAUCGUAGUAGAAAAAUUGAUAGGCAACGCACUCAAAAAAUCGUCAUGAAGAAUAGUGUUUUCUUUGACAGACAUUCCUCUGACGAAGAAAGUACCCCAACAUUUGGGAAAGCUAAGUGCACAACUCAAAAAAUGAGUUACAGUUCUCAGAACCAUAGCUCAGCCCACUUCAAAGGACACAACCACAGCAAAUUGAGUAACCCUAAGAUACAUGUUAAAGAAACUGAACUGUUUGUCAAGUCUUAUAAAACAACCGGAAAUGAAGAAAAAUGUUUUCUAGAUAUAGCAAAAAGUUCUCAGAGUUGUCUACAAAGUCAUAAGAAAGACAGGGAGCCUGGUACUUAUUUGGAUAGUCCUCUUCCUUUAUCCCAGAGAUUAAAAGUAAGAUUCCAGAAUACAUGAAAGAUAAAAUACUUCAGUAUGAUUUAUUAUUAUAUUACUAUCAAUAUAAGCAAAGCUGAGGGAGGGUAGAUAGUUAUUGUUUAGUAGAAAAAUUUAAUUUUUAUAUAUUGUGAAAAG